CCUUAUCAGCCACUAAAACAACAACCUUAAUGCUAUAAUCCCAUUUCCCCACAUCUCUUCUUUCCCCCACUCAUUCCUCCCAUCCGUAAUGGAAGAGACAAAGCUAGUAAAGAUAUCCCAGAGACCAACCAAGAGCUGCACAGAAUGUAUGCGCCGAAAGACCCGAUGCUCCAAAGUCAUUCCAUGUGAGCCAUGUUCAAAACGAGGCGUCGCCCAUCUUUGCAGGCAGGAAUCACAGUUUGGACCUCCUAUCCCUUCUCCAAAUGCCGAGAUUGAUGCUCUCAAAGACGCCUUGGUUGGGGAAAUCAACGAUCUCAAGCGGAGAAUAUCCCAACUCGAAAAAUUCGAGGGGAAACGACGUGAAUAUCCCUCGUUGGGAAAUAGUGAAAGAGAAGAAGAAGGGGACACAGAAGCGGCUACCACACUUGAAUUCAUGGCUCUCGGUCUUGACCGUCGUCUCGAACUCCAAGACCAACCCAAAAAGGCCGAUGCAGGACCAACCCCUUCCCCAUCCUCGUCCUCGUUCUCGUCCGCUAAACAGCCUGACGUCACCCCCGGACCAUCACGUUCCCAUCUCUUGAAAGAAUCUCGUCUCCCUCUCCCCGAAAACAUCUACAACGCACUUCUCCCUCAAGAAGUCGCCAUCCCCGUUUUCAAUUUUCAUACGACCAACGUCUAUUGGCAACAUGCCUGUAUCUACGCUAAAGACUUUGAAGCACAAGUGGAAGAGUUUUAUAAACUCGCAAAGAAUGGGGAAUGUAAUAAAGUGGAUGAAUCGUGGAUCGCCUUGUUUUUUGUCUUGCAGGCGAUCUCGGUACAUCAGAUGACAGAUAAAUAUGCCGAGGCAUGCAAUCUUGGUAGUGUUGUCAUUCGCCAACAAUUCAUCACGACCGUCAUGGAUGCCGCCAUGACCGCUCUCCACCACGCCAGCUUCCUCUCCCGUCCAUCCAUGUUCACCUGUCAAGCCAUCGCCAUCCUCGGCCUUUGCGGACACAACGUCUGCGACUCUGACCUCCUCUCUUCACUCUUAGCCAUCGGUAUCAAACACGCCCAAACUUUGGGUCUGCAUACGCUCGCAAAAAGGAGAAGAGGGAUGAGCACAGUGGAUUUGGAGAUGGGGAGAAGAGUGUGGUGGUCGCUUGCGAUGGAGGAUUGGUAUGCGAUCCCUUUUCGGGGAGUGUGGUCUAUCCAUAUGGACCAGUUCGACACCCCCCUUCCGUCUAAUUGUAAAGAUGAAGAUCUUCAGAACGAUGAUUAUUAUACAAACAGGCCGUUAUCAGUCGUCGCCAUCUCCUCAAAAUUACAAUUCUCUGCACGUAUCGCUUCCAUCAUCCAAAGCACAUUCGACCGCCUCCGCCAUACACCUUCUCACGAGACGGCCCCCCUCGCAUCCAUGGCCGCCAAAGAACUCACCGAGUUAAUCUCCCAACUCCCUUCCCCCUCCCCUUCCCAACCUCCUUGGGCCAGAGAUAUGCGAUACUACCUCCGCAUCUCUUCUUACCACAAGAUCAUAAUCAUCUACCGUGCCUGUCUCUCUCGGCAUAAUGCGGGGUCACUUUCUGAGAGAAGGGCGAUGCAGCGGCAGUGUGUUUUGGCUGCUGAGGCGAUUAUUGAUGAGCUCCAUUCCAGCUCCCCUUCAGGCUCCCCUUCCGAAGAACGAAUAGAACUCCCCCUCCUCUGGACAGUCCCCUAUCACGUCCUUGCCUCCUGCGUCGUCCUCUCCCUCGACAUGAUCGAGCGCCAUGGUGAAAAUCCCGAAAUUGAGCGACAGAGGCUGAUCUACGUGAGAAAGGGACAGACCGCACUAGAAAGACUGGCAGAGACUAGUAAGAUUGCAAGGAGGGGUUUGAUGGUGAUUGAGCAUUUGAUGAAGGAGAAAGAAGUGGGGGGAAAGAGGAAGAAGGGGUGGGAGGAUAUGGCGAAUAUGGUUAAGAGGAUUCGAUUGCCACAUGAUGAUCCGCACCUCCCUCACUCUCGUCCACAUUCACACUCACAUUCACACAUUUCCUUGGACCAAUCGUCAUACUCCCAUUCCCAUUCACAUACCGCCUCUCCCUCUGACUGGAACCACACCCUCGACAAUCCCCGAGGACCCCCAUCGCCUUAUGUACAUUUUCACCCCAACUCUCUUCCUGAAGCUAUGCCUUCUUACUCCCAUUCCCGCUCGCAGGCUCAGUCACAAUCUCGUCCCCAUUCGCAUCCUCACACCACAUCCCACUCACACCACUCACAUCAUUACCCCACACCCUUCUCCCAUCCCCAUCCCCACUCCACCCCCACGUGGACUCAAGAAGACAUCGACGCCUUUCUCUCCAACUUGCACGAAUGCGUACCAGACGUGGGGAGGCUGUUUGAUGGUUCUCUGGGAUCGUUUGGGUUUCCGGUAGAGGGUGAUGGGGUUGAUUCUGGGUUUGAUGUUGGAGUGUUGGAUGGGGGUGAUGGGGAUGCAGGUUUUGGAUCUGGGGGUGGACCGUCGGAUUCUGGAUCGGGUUCCAAAACAAUUUCCGCCUCUGCCUCUGCUGCUAUAUCAGGCUCCAGCUUUGGAGGCGCUGGGCGGGCACCCGAUGUAUGGAGAUAUUAGCUUAUCUUACAGAAGAAUCAUUUAGAACUCUUUGCCUUGUCGUGUCUCGUGUCUGCCAUGCCUUAUGUCCUGCGUUCAAAGUUCUUAUUUCUGAGUUUCGAGUUCCUUGUUCUGUUCCUCCAGUUGUACAAGUAUAUUAUCCUAGAUUUUGAGUUGUCCCG